AAAUACGACGCUGCGGCUGUGCGUCGGUGAAAAAGGACAAUAACAAGUGAAGUCUCGGUAAGUUUGUCUCCGUGUCUGUGUUCCAGUCCCAGCCAUGGCCUGCUGCCAUUCCUGCCCCAGACUGUGCUCCCGCUCGUCGGCCUACACCCUAGCCCUCGGCCUGGGCUUUGUAACCUUGGGGACCAGUCGCAUCCUGCUGCUCAAAUUCUCUGCCAAUGCUGAGAACAAGUAUGACUUCCUCCCUGCGUCUGUCAACCUACUUGCUGAGGCGCUCAAACUGCUCUUCUGUCUGGUUAUGUCAGUCAGGGUCAUAGUCCGAGAGGGACGAUCCUGCAGAGAGCUGGGCUGCUCCUCCAGCUCUUCCUUCCUCAGCUCCCUGAAGUGGGCCGUCCCUGCUUUCCUCUACUUUCUCGACAACCUCAUCAUCUUCUAUGUGAUGACCUACCUGCAGCCUGCCAUGGCAGUGUUGUUCUCCAACUUUGUCAUCCUGACCACAGCUGUUCUCUUUAGAAUUGUUUUGAAGAGGCGCCUCUCCUGGGUUCAGUGGGCAGCGUUAGUUAUCCUCUUCCUGUCCAUCGUGUCCUUGACGACAGGAUCAGGAUCAGGCAGCCAAAACUCGAUAGCUGUGCCCGGCCUCCACUCGAACCCCCUCUCCACCCCCUCCAACUCCUGCCUACUCUACACCCAGCUGCUGGAGCAGAUGAGGAACAGCAGUGCCAGUGAAUCAUGGACGUCGCACCUGCCCGGGCAGGCCUGGAGGGACAGGGUCAUAGGGAAGCUUCGAUCUUUGGGUGUGGGCCACAUCCUGCUCCUGCUCCAGUGCUUCAUCUCGGCCAUGGCCAACAUCUACAAUGAGAAGAUCCUCAAAGACGGAGACCAGCUCACUGAGAGCAUCUUCAUCCAGAACAGUAAAUUGUAUGCCUUUGGUGUGGUGUUUAAUGGUCUGACCCUUGGGCUCAGCAGUGAAGCACGAGGCCUCACCGUGCACUGUGGCCUCCUCCAUGGACAUAACGUCUACUCCCUGGGCCUGGUGCUGGUCACUGCUGCCCUGGGUUUAUCUGUGGCUUUCAUCUUGAAAUUCAGAGACAACAUGUUCCAUGUGCUGACAGGCCAGAUCACCACUGUUCUGGUUACCACCCUCUCCCUCUUCCUCUUCGACUUCCGCCCCUCACUGGACUUCUUCCUCCAGGCUCCCGUGGUCCUGCUGGCCAUCUUUAUCUACAACGCCAGCCGGCCCAAGGACCUGGAGUACACCCUGCAGCAGGAAAAACUGCGGGUCAUCAACGGAGAGGUGUUCGAGAGGUCCAGAGGGGACGGUGAGGAGCUGGAGCUCCUGACAAAGCCCAACACGGACAGUGAAUCUGAGGAGGAGUCUUUGUAGUACUGACCUACAGCUCGACUAAAACUGCUGCUAAUAUUAAACCCCACAGCAGACUUGUUCUCCUGGACAGGUAAACAGAGAGCGACAGUGUUGGUCGGACACUCGCGAUAACUAAGGCUGUUGUGUGUAUUUUGAAACGUGCCUGUCUGUGUGUGGCUGCUGUUGUUUGUUCAGUGGGAGGAACACCAGCAUUAUGUGCUGCGUUUGCCAGCCGGAAUCAUUAAGAGCUUGUUAUUAAUCCUCUAAUGAAUCUUGUUGGAUGUGUAGCUGUUUACCUGCUCGCAGGUGAGUGAUAAGUUUAAUGACCACUUGUCAUAUUUCAGCCAGUUCUAUGAUUGUUGCUAAGCUUCAUCUAACUGUUGUUAGACUGUGUGAAAGUUUAAACUUCCUUAUUCCACUCUGUUGUCGUCUUUGAGGUUUGUAGAUCUGUGCAGUCUCUGUACAGAUCUACAAACUGCAGCUUCAAAAUUACCAUGGAUUUCUAAACUAGACAUUACUAUAAACGUACCCUCAGAACCGGACUGUUGAAUCCAUUACAUCUUCAGGGAAUUCUGUUUUUUGCACCAGCACGGACAUAAUGGACCACUUAAGUGUGAAUUUCUAAAAGCACAACAAACUGGCUCUGGGUCCUUUCACUUGGCCUUGAACAUUUUUUGUCUGAUGGCGGAGUAUAGAUGUGUGAAAUACUAUGAACUGUAUUUGUUUUAAGAUUCUUGUUUGUGCCAUAAAAUUUAAACGUAUACGAAUGCAACUUGUUCCGAAAUAAACUGCAAAUUAAUUGUU